UUUUAGAAAAAUAAAAAAUGGAUGAACUAGUCACCCGCAUGCAAGGACUUGAACAAACAGCUGAGAGUUAUACGAAGAAUUAUGAAGUCUGUUUUAAGAGAGUACAGCUCAAGAUAUUGCAGAAAUUUAAAGGUGUCAUGGACCAAGAGAGGGAUGGCAGGAGAGAGGGGUUGAAGAGGGAGAUUGUGGUGAAAGCGAAGAGAGCGAAAGCGUUGAAUGAGGUGUUAGAGAAGAUUAAGAAUUAUUAUCAAGAAGAGAGGGAGUAUAAGAAGGAUAAUUUAAAAUUUUAUACCUCGAUUCAGCAGCAAUGAGUUGAAGAUCUUGAAGAACGCAAGAAAAUCAGCUCUCGAGCUAAGAGCGAUAAAACUUUGGAGGAGAUAAAAGAGAAAAUUAAGGACAAAAGAAGACAAAUAGGUCAAUACUCUUCCUACCUAAACUUGACAGUAACCUGUGAGAUUCUGCAAACUCAGAAUUGAGAUGAUCCUAUCAACGCACUCCGCUUUAUUUUCACUAAUAUUCUCAAAAAGUCACCAUCCAGCCAUUUCACUGCUUUAGUUCAGAUAAACCCAGCUUCUUCAGAUUCCAAAUUCAGCAUACUCGCAUUUGAACCUCAUAUUACAGUCCCUGAGGAGGUAUACUCAUGUCUCGAUAAUGGAGACCUCAAGACGUUCUGUGAACUAGUCAGACAAGAGUUCUUAAGAGAGUGCAAGUCCCAUUAGACAUCCACAAGGGAUGACUGACUACAUCCUUUAAGACUCAAGGACAUAAAAUCAGCAUCAUAUUAUAUAAAAAUUC